CUGCGUGGUACAGUGACCAAGAGAUGCAGCGUUUGUUUGGAUCAACAGAAGCAAACGGGAGGGGGAGACACUUUGAGACCAUCCCCACCACAGAAGGUGGCUCUCCUGCUAACGAAGCGAUGAAGACUGUGUUUGUCACUGUGGGCACAACGAGCUUUGACGACCUCAUUGAGGAAAUUACGUCUGCCGAAGCUAUUAAGGCAUUAAAGCGUCGCGGCUACAAGCGUUUGGUUCUCCAGGUGGGAAGAGGAUCGGUUCUCCCGGAUCCUGAGAAAUUUCCGCAUGUCAACCUGGAGGUUUUUCGCUUCAAAAACUCCAUCGCGAAGGACAUGGAGGAGGCAGACCUCAUCAUCAGCCACGCGGGGGCCGGAAGCUGCUUGGAGGCCCUCGGCGCCGGUAAAGCGCUGCUGGUGGUGGUCAAUGACAAGUUGAUGGACAACCACCAGCUGGAACUGGCCAAGCAGCUGCACAUGGACUCACACUUGCUCUACUGCACUUGCACCACACUGACAGAAAUGCUGAGGAGCAUGGACCUCUCUGUACUUCGGCCUUUUUUGCCCGGUCAGCCACAGAAGUUUGCAAACUUUAUGGACAAAGCUCUUGGACUCCAGUGAAUGUGGCCUAAUCGUGGGACUAAUUAAUAUAACCGCCCUCCUCCCGCUCUGCCAACCCCCCCACCCCCCCACCCCACCCCCCACACACAUACUUUCAACACCCAUGACAUGAACUGCUCGGCUGCGUGAAGAUCCGUUGCCACUUUCAAGGGACAGCCAGACUCCGCCGCACUGUCUGGAUACAUACCGUCUUGCAGAAGCAUAUGCAGUACAUCCUGUAUCUAACGGGUGCGAUAGUAUGUCAAAGUCAAAAGGUAAGCAGACCUGCAUUUGGUUUUAUCUGAUAUUAUUAUUAGCAUUGUAUUAGCAUUAUUAUAGCGUAUUAUUUAUAAUUAUAUUAUUAUUACUACCGUAUUAUUCUAGCAUCAUUAUAGCGUAUUUGCAUUGGCUGGCAGCGUUAGCUUCUGAUAAGCAGUGCAUGCUCGUUAAGGUUGUUUGACAAAAGAAUGCCACGGACAUUUUAUCAAAAGACGAGGGAACUUUUUUAAGUUGUCGAAAAGAAAGGCAUAAUACAUCUCCUUUAAACAACACCAUUAUGUCUAAUCUCCUAUCUUUAGUAGGGAACAGGAGGUUUUAUCAUUGUUGUCCACCACCCUACAGUAUGUAUGUGUGCCAAAGUGCACUUUUCAGGUUGUUUUGUCUACGCUAUGUCAGUCACCUCAGGCUCAUAUGCUUUGUAAACCUCGCUACAAUCAGGCCAAUAAUGAAUCACGUUCAUUUAUCCCUUUCCCCACCUCGCAUAUAUGCACAGAACUCCCAAUUAUCGUGGGGUAUGUCUUCCAGACGCACCCAUUUGUGGUGAAAAUCUGCAGUCAUCUUCAGCGCCUGUUCUCACUCAUGCUGUGAAGUCAUGAGAGACUAUCGUUUGUCUUUGAGGGAACAAAAAUAAGGCUAACAUGCCCGGUUCGCUAAAUAAGAACCAAAGCAUGCAUUGUCUUUCUCACUCCCAUCUAAGGUUUACUGUAAAACUGACACAUAAAACAUGAGAAUUAAACAUUGUAUAUUUAAACACCAAAACCUCCAAAAACAAACCAUAGGAUGAUGAAAGUCUGCUAGCUUAAUGCUAAAAUAUCAUGGGAUUCAUAGAUGUGCUAACAGACAUUAGCAUAGAUUUUAUGGUCAUUUUGAAUCCUUCAAACAACUGCUACUUUAUCAUGAAAUUGUAACAUAUGCAGCACAACAGAAAUAAUGUUUAAACAAAAAUGUUCAUCCAAACCACGUCUGCUAGCUUAAUUCUACCAUAUGCGAAACAUGGCAUAGUUGUGCCAAUGCUAAUUAGCAUAGAUAUUACAAAGUUUCUAACCCUUCAAACAAUUACCGUAAUUUCCGACCUACAAGCUGCGCCUUUUUUCACACGCUUUCAACCCUGCCGUUUAUGCGGUGAUGCGGCUAAUUUUUGGAUUUUUUUCUAACGGCCGCAAGGGUGCACUCGACCGGAAAAGGCAAGAAUGAGACUUGUAGAAUAUAUAUGCCGAGGAAGUCACUUUUACCUACCCUGUUAGCGCUGCGCUAGCGUGUUGCUGCUGUGUUACUGGCGUGUCUCAGUGAUAUUUACUAAGUUUAAUUUCAACUGGCGGUGUUAGCACUAGCUUUAGCGCAGCGCUAGCGUUAGCACUAGUGUUAAACUCUUUCUGUGUACCGUCUUUGUAAAUAUCUCGUGUUUCAAUGUGGACACUUGCGACUUGGUGUAUGUACGUACCACAUGGUAUUUCCUUUACAAACGUACUCGGUGAGGCUUGUAACCAGGUGCGCUCUGUAGGUCGGGAAAUACGGUACUGCUUUACACACAGACUAGCAUCAUAUACAAACCAAGCAUACAGUCAUCCUCUCAGGCAUAUUUUCUCCGUUCUUUGGUAAUCGCUCCAUUUUAGUAGGGGACCUUCUCUGCCUCUUCUUCUCACCUUUAAUUACACUGCACUUCUUCCGUUCCGAGCCCAGUGCCGUGUGGCAUGUGGUGGCACAACUCUAAAUUCGGACCAGCUUGGAUCAUGUAAAGCCAAUUAAUAAAUUGACAUCUUAAAAUCCGCAGUACAGCGGGGGUCCGUUUGGCACUUUUAUACAAAUGAGAUUAGACCUUCCAAUCAAAAUUGAUAUGUCGUUGAGGUAAUUCUCCCGUCAUACUUGUGCAACUCAUAGGCAGGGUAGAUGCACUAUUUGGAGAGUAAUCCGAUAGUCAAGGCAAGGUUACACACAUUCACACGGAUACACAACUCUAUUAGCACCUGUUGGUACCCAGUAUACUCGGGACUAAACUUUUGUUUUUGGGGAAUUUUACAGUAUCAUACAUGAUUAUUGCUCGGAUCAAGUAAAUAUUUACACUAAUAGCAUUUAAUCAAAUGAAACAAAGUAACAGGAAGUUUGGAAUCGAGUGCUGUUUGACGCAGCUUUGCUUUCUAAUAAUUCCAUUUGGUACUCUUAAACAGGGUACACAUACUGAUUUUUAGCAUCUCAACCAAAAUUUAAUAUGAGAGACGCCAUAUGACAAAGACAAAAAUCGACAUUUGUGUACUGUCUACUCACACGGUGUGGUGUACUCCAGAAGACCAACACAACAUGCCACACAUAUCAUGAUAUCUCCACUGACAAUCAUGAAUCUGCUUCAUUGCAGAUGAACGUAGAUCUCAGUGUUGAGAACGCACAUGGUAGAUUUAUGAUCUGUAAUAUUGAAAAGGUUUGAAAUAGAUGAAUAUCAGACUAGAGUAUUAUCUGACUAGAUUAAGAAGAAAAAAAUCACAUUUAACAUACCUCACAACCAAUGUUCCCUCUAAGCUGCGUAAUUGCGCAUUUGCGCACUACUCACGCACUCUCAGCGCAAAGGAAAACAGAUCCAGCGCAGUGAACUACAGCCUGAUGUCUUUUUUUUUAAAGGGGUAAACUCAUAAUUACAACUACAAACUACAACAAUUACACUGGGGUAUGUGAAUAACAGAAUAAAAAGUGGUGAAACUGGAUGAGAUUUUCUCUUUUUUUGAGUAAAAUAAAAGUCUGGUCUGAAGCCAAAGUACAAAGUACAGGAUGUGAUGGCGUAUAAUGUUAAAAUUCCACCUUGGCACAGCCUGAUUGAGGAUGAAAGCACAGACGAUACGGUGCCCAAAAACCUAAUUCUGUGUUUUAAAUAUAGGAGGCAACAUGACAUUAACCCUAAAACUGUUUGGGAGCAUCAUUCAGCUUUCAACAUGCAUUGCAAAACAUAUUCUGCAAGCAAUAAUUCAGUUUUACACCAAGAAAAACAGAUGGGGAUAUCAUUGUGGGUUAAAAACAAAAAAUGAAACAAAUUUGGAAGCGACAUUUCAAAUUUAUAGUUAAUAGUUGGCUUGGUAUGUAUUUGUACUGUCAUGUAUUUUUUUUGUGUGUGUGUUGACAUUUUUAGUGUAAUUUUGGAGAAAAACACAAAAUUGUUCUUAAAAAUGUUCUUAUGGGAAUGUAAUCGGAACCUUUUGAUGAGCGAUGUAACUUCAAUGGAUGACACUGAUUGAACACAGUGCAUACGUCCGGUGUUUUUCACAGUGGUCAAAGGGGGCGCUCACGGGCUUAGCGUGUCUGCUCAGACACGUCAAAAAUUAGAGGGAGCAUCGCUCACAACAGAGAAUGAUUACACGAUAAUCUUUUAGAGACAUCCAAUAAUCGGGCCUUCGCUGGCUUUGCUCACAAGGGCAAGGAAAUCGUCAAAUUGGACUCGACUAUCGGUAGUCUACCCUGCUUUAACUGAAAUUUAAAGUACGAGGGACCCACACCGCAGGAUAAUUGCUCAAGAUAAUCUUUCGACGACAUUGGUUCUAUGGUUUUUUGGGGAUUUAAAUGCCUCAAUUCAACCUGAUCAUCGGUAUGUAUUGACCCUGCUUUAGACACGUCCCAAGGAUUAGCCAUUGUCGAUACAGGUUUAGGAUUUUGGUCUUUUUUUUUUGGUUGUUUUCUGAACAGAUGAGGGUGGAGGAAAAAAAAAAAAAACAAUUACCACUCCCCACACCACAGGAUAAUCGCUCACACUAAUCUUUUUGAAAUGGACUGCUACAUAAAAUCAGGCUUCUGCCAGUCUAGACAACGAGGUAAUCAAAAUGUUCAUAUUCAGCCCCGUUAUCGCUUCAAUUGAGAUAUUUCCAACACAACCCAACAAUUCAGACCAUAAAAUACUAUGAACCAUUUGUAUUUUAACUACCCUCCCCCCCCGCCCCCAACUUACCACCCCCAUAGCAGCUAGUUCCCAACUGUUUGUAAGCCAUCCGCUAGUUCAGACCGGUUCUGCCAGCUUGUUCAAUAGGAUCCACAUGAUGUUUGCGCAAAGCCAGAUGUAAUUUAAUAAAGGUGGACACUCGCUCUUUCUCUUUUUGUCGCAUGUGACUGCUAACUUGUGUUUUUCUCCCUUCCAACGUGCUUGCUUCCAACUUGCUGUUUUACAUUGGUACCAAACACUGAAGUUCUUGUCAUAAACCACCCAAUGUGCUAUUUUUGCUGCACAAUUCCAGGAGCGCUUGAAGGCAUGUUUCUGUCAUUAUUAAUAAUGAGUGUUAUUUUUUUUUUGUUUUGGGGGUUUUUCUUGCAUUGACACUUCUUCUUUUGACCCUGGAGGAUCUUUGCUUUUAUUUCCACAUAUGGGUACUAUGAGAUUGUUUCAUUUUAAGAUUCUGGAGGGACUCUUUUUUU